AUGACAUCCUCAUCUACCGGUAUGUAUGUAUCUGUAUAUUUUCAUUACAGUGGAUUCUUUUCGCCAAACUCAUUGGUGUACUUAGACCCCGUAAAAACAAGUGUACGGGAUAUGAAUUUUGGGGGAUUUACGUAUAAAGAGUUUCUUUUGUGGCUUACGAAAUUAACCAAAGGAGCCUGUGAUAAUGUUUACUACUAUAUUAAAAAGGAAAGCUUGUGUGAGGGUAUUAGAAGAAUUGACAGUGAUGCUGAUUAUUGGGAGUUUGUGGAAACUGUUUAUAGUCUUGAGAGUGAGUUAGAUGUGUACAUUGACCACCAAAAUGAAUCAAUUCUUGAUUGGGCUGGUAACAAGUUGUUAGCAGAUGGUAAAGGGGAAAGUGGGCAUUAUAGAACAACAUUUCCUCAAAAACCAAUUGAGGAAUCAUCAAAUGCAAGUUCAAAGAAAAAGAAACCCAACACAACUGGUAAAGUGGAGGUUACAUUGACACAUGAAGUUGAUAUAGAAAGUAACAGUGAAGUUGAAAUGGAACCUAAAAGUGAAGUGGAGUCUUUUGAUGUUAAAUUUGAAGAUGAUGUGGAAGCUAAAGUGCAACCUGAAGUUCAAGAUGAAGUGCAAUCUGAAGUUCAAGAUGAAGUGAAAGCUGAAAUACAACCUAAAGUUCAAACUCAAUUUCACACUGAAGUUCAUCCUAAAGUGCAAGUUGAAGUUCACCCUGAAGUUUAA